GUCGUCAAUUAUCUCUUUCUCUGAUAAGGCAAUGUUCAUUUCUCGUGUAGCCUUUACUGACAACAUAACUGACGGGAAUAGCAAGAACAUUGUGGUACGUAUCGUUGACUGAGCCAUCAACCAUGAAACCUUUGUCAGCCAUCUUAUUUUGCAUACAAUUGUGCAUGCUCAUGGAGUUAUCACAAUCUGAUUCGAAGAAUGGCCAUGGUGAUGUACAAUUCACGGGAUUUUUCGCUCCAAUUAAAAGAUUUGAAUGCCGAUUCUUGCAACGUGUUAAGAUAUUUAUUCCAUUUUUUCCGAACUGUAAUCCAAGUAAGGACAAUGUUGAUUCCUCGUCAAGUUCUUCCUCAAGUUCCUCAUCGUCAUCAAGUUCAGAAGAAGAAAACGCUCAAAAAUCCCAAACAGAGCCAGAACCUGCUCCCGAAUCCGACCCAGAGUCGGAAUCAGAACCAGAAGUAGAACCAGAAUCAGAACCAGAAGUCGAACCAGAAUCAGAACCAGAAUCAGAACCAGAACCAGAACCAGAACCAGAAGUAGAACCAGAAGUAGAACCAGAAGUAGAACCAGAAGUAGAACCAGAACCAGAAUCAGAACCAGAAGUCGAACCAGAAGUAGAGCCAGAACCAGAAUCAGAACCAGAAGUAGAACCAGAAGUAGAACCAGAAGUAGAACCAGAAGUAGAACCAGAACCAGAACCAGAAGUAGAACCAGAACCAGAACCAGAAUCAGAACCAGAAGUCGAACCAGAAGUAGAGCCAGAACCAGAAUCAGAACCAGAAGUAGAACCAGAACCAGAAACAGAAUCAGAACCAGAAGUCGAACCAGAAGUAGAACCAGAACCAGAACCAGAACCAGAACCAGAACCAGAAGUAGAACCAGAACCAGAAGUAGAACCAGAAGUAGAACCAGAAGUAGAACCAGAAGUAGAACCAGAAGUAGAACCAGAACCAGAACCAGAAAUAGAACCAGAAGUAGAACCAGAACCAGAACCAGAACCGGAAUCGCAACCGGAAUCAGAACUGGAACUGGAACAUGAACCCGAAUCUGAAUUAUCCGGAGUCAUCGGAGAACUGACAUUCUCCUCAAUUUACCACGAUAUGGAAGAUUUGUUUACAGUCAAAGAAAUUAGUUGCUCCGAUUUCCCCUGCAGCUUCACGUGGCAUGAAGACGUUAAUCAAGAUACCAAUAUAACGAUCUCUUAUACGGUUUAUGGCAGUAAAAUGUAUGCCAGUUCUCCUGCUACAAUGCUGACAUUAUGUGAAGCCAGCAGUGAACCUCGUGAUUCUUGGGCGAAGAUAGUUUGGGAUUCUCUUUCACAAAUAAUCGCUGGAGGUGCUAGUGGAUGCAACAUCAAAGCUGGAACAUAUACAUUCGAUGGAAUAGACGCGGAGUUCUAUUUCACCCCUAGAGAAAAAAUCGAAUGUGGAAACUUGUAUACAACAUUCGGUUUCUAUCGUAACGGUUCGAAUGGACCGAAGCGUAUCGCUGGAGGAUAUAAUGCAUAUGACUUACCCAACAAUGGGCCUAAUUGCACUGAAAAGCAACCCGAAUCAGAAGAUUGAUAUCAUAGUUUGGAUUACUUGUACUUCAUUAACGCACAUUACAGAUAAUUAUUAUUGUCAGUCAA